GCUCAGCUCUCCUUUCUUUGGAAGGAGACCAUAACUCCACAGUCCACACCACUAAUAAGCCCCCACUCUUAGCCAUGCCGAUCAAGCCGUGGUACUCUCAUGCACUUCAACUGCUCACGUGUUGCACUCUGAUGCUGGCCCUCGCUCACCCUGUUGCACCGUCUUCUCGUGGCGCCAUGGACCCUGCUCCAGCUACACCUACUGUUCAGUCUCCACCUCCAGCUGCACCCACUCUUGAGCCUCCAGCUCCAGCUCCAGCUCCAGCUACCACUCCUGCUCCAGCUCAGGUUCCAGUUACCCCUGCUACCCCGGCUCCAGGUCCAGCAGCUCCGCAGCAUGUCUGGAACGUCGAGUACAUACUGUGGGCACCAGACUGCAAGCAACACGGGAUGAUCGGGAUCAAUGGCACGUUCCCCGGCCCGACGAUCACCGCCAACGCCGGGGACUUUAUCACAGUGGUGGUGAACAACAAGCUGCACACGGAGGGGGUUGUCAUCCAUUGGCAUGGAAUCAAACAGAUUGAUACGCCAUGGGCAGACGGAACCGCGUGGAUAUCGCAGUGCCCCAUCAACCCGGGGGACACGUUCACCUACAAGUUCAAGGCUGACAAGGCCGGGACGUUCUUCUACCACGGCCACUUCGGGAUGCAGCGGGCGGCGGGGCUGUACGGAUCGCUGAUCGUGCUCGACGGGGACGACCCGUUGAAGAAGGAGCCCAUGUACGCCGGCGAGCUCAGCAUGCUGCUCAGCGACUGGUACCACGAGCCCGUCUACGCGCAGGCGGUGGGGCUCGAGCGCAAGGACGACCACUUCCAGUGGAUUGGCGAGCCGCAGACCCUGCUGCUCAACGGGAAGGGGCAGUUCGGGUGCACGUUGGGCGACGUCGGCAACUUCCACAAGGGGAUCACCAAGUGCGACCGGAACGAUGGGGAAGGCGUGGAGGCGGCGUGUGACCAGGGUUGCGGGGAUGGGGAGAUGGAGUUGGAGGCGGAGAAGAAGGUGUGCGAGGACGAGAAGGCGGCGAACUGCAGCGUGAUCCGGCGAGGAGAGUGCGGGCCCUUCUGCAGGGAGACCCAGUGCGGCCCCGUGGUGUUCGACGUGAAGCCCGGCAAGACGUACCGGCUCAGGAUCGCCAGCACCACCUCCCUCUCCGCCCUCAACGUGCAGGUCCAAGGGCACAAGCUGACGGUGGUGGAGGCCGACGGCAACUUGGUGGAGCCGUUCGACGUCGAUAGCAUCGACAUCUACUCCGGCGAGAGCUACUCCGUCCUCCUCAGCACCACGGCCGCGAAACAGGGGUCGUCGUCGCCAGCCUCCUACUGGAUCUCCGUCGGCGUGAUAGGGCGGACCCCCAGGACGCCGCCGGCCCUGGCGGUCCUGCGGUACACCGGCAGCGGACCCGAGCUGCCGGCGGGAGAGCCUCCGGCGACCCCGACCUGGGACAACGUGACACGCAGCAAGGAGUUCGCGAAAAGACUCAAAGCCCGGGAAGGACACGGCUACCAGCCGCCGCCGCCGGAGACAAAGGGCGCGCACCGGACGAUCGUCAUGCUCAACACGCAGGAGCUCUUCGAUGGCCGGAUCAAGUGGGCGAUCAACAACGUCUCCCUGUCGCUCCCCGACACCCCGUACCUCGGCGCCUACGCCUACGGCAUCCCGGGCCAGGUGUACUUCAACACCACCCCCGCGCCUGGCGCCUUCGACAGCAAGUACGACGUCGAGAAGCCGCCGCAGGAGCAGGACCCGGCGGCUGUCCUGCCGGCGACGGUGAGCGACCAGGUGCACAGCCUCAAGCACGGCGAGGUCGUCGACUUCGUGCUGCAGAACGCGGACAUGAGGAAGGACAACGUGAUCGAGUCGCACCCGUGGCACCUCCACGGGCACGACUUCUGGGUGCUCGGCUACGGCGAGGGCCGCUGCGACCCCGUCAGGGACCUCAAGAACGAGACACUCAUCAACACGGUGAACCCGCCGCUGCGGAACACGGCGGUGCUGUUCCCGCACGGUUGGACGGCGCUCCGGUUCGUGGCGGACAACCCCGGCGUGUGGGCGUUCCACUGCCACAUCGAGCCGCACCUCCACAUGGGCAUGGGCGUCGUCUUCGCCGAAGGGAUGGAGGGGAAAGAGAGGCUGCAGGAGCUGAGGGACAAUGUUCCCAGAGAGGCCAUCAUGUGCGGCAAGACGGCACUCGCGGCCAUGGCGGCGCGGCCACUCGCGCCGCCCACAUCGGCAUCGCCUUCACCACCAUCACCGUGACAUGCAUAGAAAUGUCUCGCAGCUUAUAUUAUUUCCUCGUCGCAUGCCAGUUCCCUGGUACAAGUGUGACGCAUAUAUCAUUACUAGUGGGGAUGCUGGUGUCCAGGCACGUGUUUAAAAGUAGUAUCAAUAAUUAAAACAUGUUUAUUAUUAAAUAAUAUUAAUAAUAAAUUAACCAACCCAAAUAGCAGAUCAAGAAGAACUUGUCUUAAUUUAUUAGUGAUGCAAAAUUUAAAUCAAUAGCAGAU